GACGGCAACCUCCCUCUCCGCCUCCCUCUCCUUUUUCCUAAUGGUGGCUGCCUACGGAUACCGGGAGUGACUGACUAGCACUGCGGCGUCCGUGAGGCGGGAGGGUUAAACUAGAAAGUUCAUCCUGCAGAUCAUCUAUCAAACUCUUUCUUUUGAUGGCAAAAGGAGUCUGAAGACAUCGAUUGGUCUUCAGAUUUGCCCUACAUCUGAUGCAGUUCGCAUGAACUUGAAGGUGGCUUCUACCUUACACACUGGCCAAAGUAUUUAGGAGACGAACCCCUGGAGGCUGUCACUCCCCGCUGGGGAGUUGUUGAAUACUGAGAGAAUGUUCAUCCGUGAUGAUCAGCUGGGCCUGAGACUUAACAGCAGAAUGUAAAGAGGAAUGAUGGAAUACUGACAGUGAAAUGGCUACGAGGGAUUCCAGUGUGUGAGCUUCUUCCUGCGUGCCUUGUUCCUUGAACAGCAAUACAGAAUGUUGAAGGUGUCGAUAACGGCAGCCUUGCUCCUGUUACCUUUCUCUGGCCCCGAGGAAACUCCUCAUCGCUACGACAACACUGCCACUGCUCUCCUAGCAACACCCAGCUAACUGACGGUCAAGGAGAAGAGUUUGAUGAUUUGUUUUCCGUGGGUUCAAAGUUGUAUCCAUCAUCCCAAGGAGAAGAUGAAAUUUCCAUUCUAUUGGCCCUUUGUCAAGCUGGCACAAUAACAUUGCAUUCUGGAGAUUUGCUGAUAAAAAACGCUUUGGUUAUGGCUACUGAUCCAACGUGAUUCUUGGACUCAUGACUGGGUAUACCAUGUUGCGGAAUGGGGGUGUGGGGAAUGGAGGUCAGCCCUGGAUGUUACGGUGGUCCAGUCGGAUCCGGCUCACUUGGCUGAGCUUCACAUUGUUCAUCAUCCUGGUCUUCUUUCCCCUUAUUGCCCAUUACUAUUUAACCACCAUAGAUGAUGCCGAUGAUGCUGGCAAACGUAUUUUUGGCCCACGCACAGGCAAUGAGCUAUGUGAGGUGAAGCACGUCCAGGAUUUGUGCCGCAUCCGAGAGUCGGUGAGUGAGGAGCUGCUUCAGCUGGAAGCCAAGCGGCAGGAGCUGAACAGUGAGAUUGCCAAACUGAACCUCAAGAUUGAAGCUUGCAAGAAGAGUAUAGAGAACGCUAAGCAGGAUCUCUUGCAGUUGAAGAACGUCAUCAGUCAAACAGAACAUUCGUACAAAGAACUGAUGGCCCAAAACCAGCCCAAGCUCUCUUUGCCUAUCCGGCUGCUACCAGAGAAAGAUGAUUCUAACUUCCCCUUGCCAAAAUCCAACAGGAACUGCCGGCUACACAACUGCUUUGACUAUUCACGUUGCCCACUAACUUCUGGAUUCCCAGUAUAUGUCUAUAACAGUGACCAGUAUAAUUUUGGGAGCUUGUUAGACCCUCUAAUUAAGCAAGCGUUUGAGGCAACUGUCAGAACUAAUGUGUAUGUUACUGAAAAUGCAAACAUUGCUUGUGUGUACAUAAUCUUAGUGGGAGAAAUUCAGGAGCCCAUAACGCCAAAACCUACUGAAAUAGAGCAACAAUUGCACUCUCUGCCGUAUUGGAGAUCUGAUGGACACAACCAUCUCAUUAUUAACUUAUCCAGGAAGUCUGAGACUCAGAACUUCCUUUAUAACAUUAGUACAGGACGGGCCAUGAUUGCCCAGUCCACUUUUUAUGAUGUACAGUAUCGCCCAGGUUUUGAUAUUGUUGCGUCUCCUCUGGUCCAUGCAAUGUCUGAACCUAAUUUCCUAAAGAUCCCACCCCAGGUGCCCGUCAAGCGGAAAUACUUAUUCAGUUUCCAAGGAGAAAAGGUAGAGUCUCUCCGGUCCAGCUUGCAAGAAGUACGUUCGUUCGAGGAAGAAAUUGAAGGCAAUGCCCCCGCAGACUAUGAUGACAGGAUCAUUACCACCCUGAAGGCUGUACAAGACAGCAAGCUGGACUUUGUCUUGGUAGAAUUUACUUGUAAGAACCAGCCGAAGGCAAGCCUGCCCACUGAGUGGGCUCUUUGUGGGGAAAGGGAAGACAGACUAGAGCUACUGAAACUAUCUACUUUUGCACUGAUAAUCACCCCAGGGGACACCCACCUUGUGAUCUCCGCUGGGUGUGUAAUGAGACUCUUUGAGGCACUGGAAGUUGGAGCUAUCCCAGUGAUCCUUGGAGAGCAAGUCCAGCUGCCCUAUCAUGAUGUGAUCCGGUGGAACGAGGCAGCCUUAAUCAUACCAAAGCCACGUAUCACAGAAGUGCACUUUCUUCUGCGAAGCAUUUCUGAUAAUGACCUCUUGGCCAUGAGGAGGCAGGGCCGUUUCCUGUGGGAGACCUAUUUUUCCACCUCAGAAAGUGUCUUCAGCACAGUCCUGGCCAUCAUAAGGACUCGAAUCCAAAUCCCAGCUGUUCCCAUUCGUGAGGAAGUGGCCGUGGAGAUCCCUCACCGGUCUGGCAAAGCUGCGGGCACAGACCCCAACAUGGCCGACAAUGGGGACUUAGACUUGGGUCCUGUGGAAACAGAGCCGCCCUACUCAUCUCCCAAAUACCUGCGCAAUUUUACCCUCACAGCAAUGGAUAUUUACAGAAAUUGGAACUCUGCUCCUGGGCCCUUCCAUCUCUUUCCCCACACACCCUUUGAUCCUGUCUUACCAUCAGAAGCCAAGUUUCUUGGGUCUGGAACUGGAUUUCGGCCUAUUGGUGGAGGAGCUGGUGGCUCUGGAAAGGAGUUCCAAGCUGCAUUAGGUGGCAAUGUCCCCAGGGAGCAGUUUACAGUAGUAAUGUUAACCUACGAGCGAGAGGAAGUAUUAAUGAACUCCUUGGAGAGGCUCAAUGGUCUCCCCUAUUUAAAUAAGGUUGUGGUAGUCUGGAAUUCUCCCAAGCUUCCAUCAGAAGAUCUCCUGUGGCCGGACAUUGGUGUCCCAAUUGUGGUUGUACGCACAGAGAAGAACAGCCUGAACAAUCGGUUUCUGCCCUGGGAUGAGAUUGAGACAGAGGCCAUUUUGUCUAUUGACGAUGAUGCCCACCUUCGCCACGAUGAGAUCAUGUUUGGAUUCCGGGUUUGGAGGGAAGCCAGGGAUCGCAUUGUUGGAUUCCCUGGGCGGUACCACGCAUGGGACAUCCCUCAUCAGUCCUGGCUCUACAACUCCAAUUACUCCUGUGAACUGUCCAUGGUGCUGACAGGUGCCGCCUUCUUUCACAAGUACUAUGCCUACCUGUAUUCCUAUGUGAUGCCACAGGCCAUCCGUGAUAUGGUAGAUGACUACAUCAACUGUGAGGAUAUUGCUAUGAACUUCCUGGUCUCUCAUAUCACCAGGAAGCCACCUAUCAAGGUGACUUCGCGCUGGACUUUCCGCUGCCCCGGCUGUCCUCAGGCACUUUCUCAUGACGACUCUCACUUCCACGAGCGACACAAAUGCAUCAACUUCUUUGUCAAAGUGUACGGCUACAUGCCGUUGCUGUACACCCAGUUCCGAGUGGACUCAGUUCUCUUUAAGACCCGGCUGCCCCACGACAAGACGAAAUGCUUCAAGUUCAUCUAAUUGCAACCGGUUGGCUGCAGACUUCCGGGACGAGGCCAGCAGGGGGAUGGGGAAAGGAGUUCUCUUCACACAGCUCAGAGAGGAAGAAACUCCCCCCCCCCGGACUCUUUCCCCAUUCUGUUUACUUUGGGACACAGUCGUGAAUUCCGCAUCUGUCCAAGCCCCACCGAGGGAGAAUUAACAGGAAGUGAAUGGCCCGAGGCUCCAUUUAAAGACUCUCCUAGAAUCACAUACUGAUGGGGAGGGGGAAAUUUUCAGACUUUGGUUAGUCCCCCAGUUAGUGGGUUAGCCAAGAGCAAAACUGGGGUUUUUAAAAUAUUAAUUAUUAUUUAAAAUGGAAGUGUUUUAGAUAUGCCUCGUAAGGCUUUCUAUUUUUUUCUUUUGGGGAAGGGAGUGGAAUUUCACUGUUUUGUACCCAGCCCUUAUCCCUCUGGGGGAAAUUCAGAGCCCCAAGGAAGCCCCCUUGUCCUUGAUGAACUGGUGUGCUGCUCUUGGGGAGUGUUGCGCAGGGUAGAUUUGGGGGAUGGGUGGGGGUGCUUACCCUCUUGCUACCUGGCAUACAAGAUCUGGUCAGGGCACUGUGGAGGCGAUGGCGUGGUCCUUCACUCGGGGGAAAAAAUUACUCCUGUUCUCUUUGUUCACCUGUGGCUGCUAAGGAGCUACCUCCUGCUGAUAAGUGUUUUACCUCCUUUUCCCUUUGACCCUGCUGUGGUAAAGUGAAGUCCUUUCACGUGCCCACCCUGUCCCACAUUCCUUUUGAGCAGGUCACACAGAAGUGCUGUUUUAUGGUGACCGGCCAGUCUGUCUCCGUGUCCUGUUCCUUCCCAUCAGCGCUAUUACAACUGCCCCUGGACGCAAGAGCCUUUCCUCCAUUCUCUCCCCGCUGUGUGAGCAGCUGCGCUCUUUGGUUCAAAGGUCUUAAUUCAUUAACCGGUACUUAUGCAACUCAAGAAGCUUCGGUUUGGUGUGCUGUCGCUAUGGGGCUGUGCUUCAUAGCCUUUUUAAAGGAAGUUUGUAGUGACCUUUUUAAAUCCUUUUGAUUUGGCACCUUGGCGAUUCUGUCUUAGUUGUCUCUUGCAUACACGCCCUGUGAGAGUUUUAUUGUACAGGUUGCAGGACUUGUGCUCUCACUGAGAAUGAAGGCAAGUAUGCAUGCGGGCAGCCUAAUAAAAUAUAUCUGGAUCAACCCUUAGUAAGCAGCCUGCAGGCUACGUCUUGCUGAAUAAGUCUCCCUCUCCCCUUCCUUUCUCAUCUGCAGGAGACCACCCUCCCCCACUGCUUUGUGUGGUGUUCAUGGAAGCUACUGGGUUUCAGCUGCCAGCAGCCACUAAGGACACAAAGGCAGAGAUGAUUCAUCUCUGCAGCUCAGGCAGCCUCAAUUUGCCUCUGAGCUGUACAGAGAAGGGAGACGGUGUAACCCCCAACUCAGUUUCGGUAUUUGAAACCAGUUUUCUUGCUUUGUUAGUGUCUUGAGGAAGAAAUUGCAUGAUUUUAAAGGAUGUAGCUUUUCUUCUACAAAACGUUAAUUGCCAAGUAGGGGGAGCUGGUUUUGAACAGAAUAGCUGAAUGGAGGUUGAUGGAUUAUACCACCCUCUCCUUUUGCCCUUCUUGGCCCCAAGGCAAAUUGAGGCUGCACAAGCCUGCAGUUUGAUUUUAUGAACAGACUCAAGCAAUAUGAACUUCCGUUCUUCUGUUUCAGCCCUGAAAUGCCCGCAGCCAGCAGUACUACAUGGCUGCCCAAGCAAGGUACAAAGUUUUUAAUGCAUGAGCUGGUGCCCUCCAUUUUAAAUGUUCAAGGUGCACAUCACUUAUCCACCCUGGCUUUAAAACAUUCUGGAUUUUGAUUCCAGGUUAUGACUUCUCGAGACCAGCACUGAGGUCUCUGCCAAGCUGAAAGUGAGGCAUUUCACUGUGCAACUGGCUUUUCUUCUUUAUUUAUAGAAAGAUGGUCUGCUGAAGGAGCCCAUGAGGGCUGACCCAUUCCAUUAGAAAUUCACUACCCCAGGUUCUCUCCUGUUUUUCCAGAAUCAGGCCCAAUUUAAACAUGAGCCAGGCAAGACAAAAAGUUUCCCUGUAUGACUUUGCACGGACUCGGCACCUAGUUUAAACUGCACUGCAAAUUGGGCAAAACAGCUGCAUGUGCUUAAUUUGCACACAGGACACCAUUCUCCUGGCUGAUGGUUGUGCAGGUUUGCUAACUAAGCACUUGUAGCUACUUUGGACAGGUUGCAGUGCAACGUAAACACCGGGACGCUUCUUUGCUUUGCCUGCAUCCUAUUUCAAUCAGACUGUAGCCCUUGCUAAUGGAAGAUUCAGAUUCCUUCCCAGCAUGCCCCAGUCUGUACUGCCAUGGCUACCAUAGGACUGCACAGCCUCUUGGAACCUUUGCUGUGUUAAAGGAUGCUAUCGGCACUUCAUAAGUAUGCAGUUGGAGAGGCUGCUUUGGGUCGGUGUUCGUGAACGUAACAUUAACCAUAGCAGGAUCUUUCCUCCACUGGCUUUCCCCCCUAUAGUCUCUCUUAUUUGCUACUCUUGCACGGUCACACUGGUUUUCUUGAAUUGCCUCUAUGUGUGUGUCUCAUAUUAGUACAAAAUAGAGAAGCUGAAAACAGAGGACUCUCUCCUUUGUAGACCUUGACGCAAUAUCUUAACAGUUUAGUGUAUCACACAGGUGAAAUGGGAUUCAAGAUAUUACAGUGGUGAGCCACAUUUAGACACUAAGGUUUCCCCUGCUGCAAUGCUUCCUCACUCCCCUCCACCCAAAUGAAAAUACACUGUUCCAUUGCCACUAGAAGCAAUGAAGGGCAAAAAGGUCAGCGAGGCAGAUGCUUUCAUCUACCAUGCAUUGCUGAACCCUAAUUUAAAACUCUUAACUUUCUACGGAGACGUUUCUCACACAUGCUCUCUCGUGUUCAUGCAAUAGCCAGUGCACAGUGAAAAGGAAAGUUUUCUUGCACAAUUGUAUGCUGAUGGUUUCUAGCUUCACUCUUGGUGGUAGUGAAUGCUGGGGAAAAGGCAUCACGGCACUGUCCGGAACCGUGUCAUGCCUCUCUUCUUUCAGCCUGGGUACUGUCCACUCUUGUUUCCCCGGUGCAUUUAGACCUCUGUAUGUUAAGAGAAGCCCUAGAGAAUCUACCUAAAAUGAAUGCAACAGCAGUGGUCCUUCCUCUUUCUUGUGCUGGUUACGGCUAACCCAGCCUGGGCGUCCAGCAAGUACAGGCUGUACUCCCAUGCGUGCAAGCAGAGCUGUGUUAUAAUUGGCGACAGUGGGAAGCUACGUGCUGAACUCUGUCUGCCAUGGCAAGUACUGGAGUUGCUGAGCUCACGAUUCAGAUGGCAGCAGCUCUCUUAAAAUGUGUUCACAUGGUUCACAUUGAAGGAUCUGCUGGGUUAUGUUUCUCAUCCCCCCGAGCAGUCUCAAGAUUGCUCCAAAACAUAUUUUGUUAAUCCAGUGAGCAGUGUGAAGGUGGAGUUGUACCACAAGCUGGUUUUCGGGUUGGGAAAGGAGCAUGUUUGAUUUAGGGGGACCAUCCCUAAAGAUGGUCAUAUCAUGGUUGUUACUGCAAGUUUGUCCUGACCAUUCCCAUGAGAUUGGAAGGAAGAACCUGUGAGAGUCUGAUUUGAUCCACCUUUAUAGCAAACCUGUGCGUUUCCCCAGUUCUUGAAUGUGUGCUUGUCAGAAACAUUCCAUCUGAACCUCUGCUGUAUCCUUUACUUCUCUCUGCCCAAGUGGCAGCUCUCCUACUCAUUUCAUGGAGAUUGUUAUAGAAGGUGAGGGCUGAAGCUUGGAGUGAAGGCUUUCCUUUCAUAGGGCACUCUGGAAUCCUAACAUGUCUAUGUUGUUCUGUUGCCUUCUCCCUCCUUUUCUGUGUCCCCCUCUCCACUUGGCAUCCAUCACUGGCUUUCCAUGCCCUGCCACGACAGAUGUAUUUAAAAAGCUCUGUGAGCACCAAAUUUUAAAUUGUUGUUUUAAAAAAGAAGCAAGGGGGAGGGAUCUAAAAUCAUGACACGAGCACAAUAUUCGUAUGUUGAAUUUUGUAAAAGGAUAAAAUAAACUCAGAGUUUAACUUCAAAGUGUCUGAAAGUCUU